GCCCACUUGGCACGGCCUCUCUUCGUGGGAGCAAGCGCCGCUCUGGAGCCGGUUCUUACCCGAGAGUUUGCGCAAGCAAGCUUCGUGCGUGGUGACAAGGAAUCGUUGGAACAGAAGCUCCAGCAAGGCGGCAUCACUGCCGUGGUUCACGUGGCCGCCCUGGGAGAAGCCAACGAGAUGGAUGUCUUGCAUUCAGCGCUCGUCUUGGCUCAGAUUGCCGCCCAGCGGGCUGCUGCUAAGUCGGGUGUGCCACCCAUCUGGUGGGUCACACAUGGCACUCAGGAAGGUACGAUCCGCAGCUACAUGCACUCCGGUCUCUGGGGACUUGCACGAACCUUCCGCAUGGAGGAACGUGGAGUUGAGCUUCGAUGCCUGGAUCUGGAUGGGUCGCUCGCCACUUGCGAUGACCUGGUCUCCGACUUGAAGCAUUGGCUGACGGUCUUGAAGGGAACGGAAGCCGAGACGGAGGUGGUGGUUACCAGUGCCGCGAGUGGUGGAUCCGCCAGCGUCUCGCGCCUCUCCCGAAGCAAGGCGAUACCGAUGAAGGCCACGGAGCUCCUCAUGUCCUCGCGCGGGAGCCUCUCCAACCUCAGGCCUAUCACCCAGGAGUCCCGACGGGCGCCGGAAGCGACAGAAGCGGAGCUGCGGGUGCGAGCAGUCGGCCUCAACUUCAGGGACGUACUAAACGUGAUGGGCCUCUAUCCUGGAGAUCCUGGCCCUCCCGGUGCAGACAGUGCAGGUACUGUACUCUCGACCGGCAGUGCCAUUUCGCAUAUUCGUCGUGGCGACGAUGUCUUUGGCGAGUCGCCCGGGUGCCUCAAAGUCUACAACGCGGGUCCCGGCGCGCUUUUGACCCCUAAGCCAACGAGCUGGUCCUUCGAGGAGGCCUGCUGCAUGCCCGUGAUCUUCGUCACGGUGGAAGAGGCCUUGGGUGAUUUGGCCCAGCUGAAGCGAGGGGAGCGCGUGCUCAUCCACGCCGCGGCUGGCGGCGUCGGCCUCGUGGCGAUCCAGUACGCGCAGUUCGUCGGAGCCGAGGUGUAUGCCACUGCUGGGGCUGACGAGAAGCACCAGUUCCUCCGAUCCAUGGGGGUGAAGUACAUCACGAGCAGCAGGAACGGUGCAAAGUUUGAAGAUGACAUGAAAGCUUUCCUGGCUGAAGCCGGCGAUGAUGGAAUUGAUGUGGUGCUGAACAGUCUCAGCCACGACGACUACAUUCCACGAUCUUUGGCUCUUCUUCGCAAGGGUGGCCGUUUCAUGGAGAUUGGCAAGCGCGGCAUUUGGAGUCACGAGCAGAUGUUCGAGGCUCGGCCAGAUGUCAUGUACGAAAAGAUCGCGGCAGACACCAUGAUGGACAAGGAGCCGUGGCGUUACAACGGUUACAUGAAGCGCCUCAUCAGCCGCGUGGACGAAGGUGGUCUGAAGCCCAUCAACAUGCAUGUCUUUGACGGCAUGGAGACGGGAGUCAAGGCAAUGCAGUUCCUUCAGCGCGCGCAGAACAUCGGAAAAGUUGUGAUUAGCCAGCCCAGCACUCUGGCACUCAAGCCGGAGUCCCACUAUGUCCUCAGUGGAGGAAUGGGAGCUCUUGGCAUGGUCACGGCCCAGUACCUCCUGGAGGAGGGGGCGAAGUCGAUGACCCUGCUUUCCCGUAGUGGCCGGCCGUCGGCAGACAUUACAGAGCUCUGGAAAGCCCUGCAAGACUCCAGUGUGGAGUUGCAGGCGAGCCCUUGCGACAUUGGAGUCUUGGAUGCCGUGCAGUCCUUGGCCCAAAAGCUCCGGGACGAGAAGAAGCAAACAGCUGGGCUUAUCCACCUGGCGGCCGUCCUGGAUGAUGCCACACUCCCCAAGCUAACCCGAGGCCACCUGGAAAGAUCCUACGGGGCCAAAGUCUGGGGAGCCCGGCAUCUCCGCUUUUGCCUUCAGAGCUCGAGCCCCUGGGACUUUGCCCUGCUCUUCUCCUCGACCUCCGCUCUCCUGGGCUCGCCAGGUCAGGGCAACUAUUCUGCGGCCAACGCAGCUUUGGAUGGCCAUGCGCGCUACUGGAAGAAGUCCUUGCAGGAGCCCGUCGUUUCCGUGCAAUGGGGGCCCUGGAAAGAAGUGGGUAUGGCAGCUCAGAAGGGCACGGUUGAACGACUUCGGGCAUCCGGUGUGGGAAGCCUCACUAAUGCCUUUGGCAUGGCGGCUCUUGCCGGGUGCUUGCAAUCGCUGUCCUCAACAACGAUCGUGGCACAACCAAUGCGCUGGGCAGUGUACCUCAAGCAGUAUCCGAAAGUCCCGCCCUUCCUGUCCCGCUUUGCCAGCGAGGUGAAGACGGCCAAGCCGAAGAAGGCCGCGGCUCCUGCCUUUGGGGGCAUGCGGGCGGCGAUCCCAGCCGCAGUGCCGCAGGUGGACAAGGUGUCUCUGAGGCAGAUGCUUCAGAGCAUUGCUUCGGAAGUGGCCGGUGGCGGAGUGGUGGAUCAGGAUGCUCCCCUCAUGGACUCCGGAAUGGACUCGCUCUCAGCUGUGGAGUUCCGGAAUCGGUUCACGAGCAAGAUGCCAGGAGUCAACCUGCCGAAUACGCUGAUCUUCGAUUAUCCCACAAUCUCCUCCAUUGCCGACUUCACGGCCAGCCAGAUGGGACCAGCGCCAGGUCCGGCGAUGGCCAACGGUCUGCCGGAGGCCAUGGUUCCUGCUGGCCCGAGCCCGACAGAGGUGAAGGAGCUUCUGAAGCGCAUUGCUUCCGACACGACGGGUGGCCUCGUCGAGGAAGACAAGCCCUUGAUGGAAUCUGGCAUGGAUUCGCUCUCCGCAGUAGAGUUCCGCAAUCGACUCUCAAGCGAGCUUCCUUCCCUGGACUUGCCGAAUACGCUGAUCUUUGACUAUCCCACGAUCGCUAGCGUCGCUGGCUACGCCACAGAGCAGCUGGGCACCACUUCUUCUCCGAUUGCCAUUGCAGGUGCAGCCCCCAGAGGCCCACCAGGGAGUUUGGAUGAGCAGCUCUCCGUUGCAGGAAUGGCUGCAUACUUCCCUGGCGCAUCAUCCAGCUGCAAGACCUUCCACUCCGCUCUGACCAAGGGAGUGGAUGGCGGCGUGGAAGUGCCCUUCAUCCGCUGGGAGCUGGAAGAGGUCUGGGACCCGAACCCAGAUGCCCAGGGCAAGAUGUAUCCACGGCACGGCAACUUUGUCGAAGGUGCGGAGUUCUUCGAUGCCAAGUACUUCGGCAUCUCACCGCCGGAGGCACGGGCGAUGGACCCUCAGCAGAGACUGCUACUCGAGACGUCGAUGAACGGUCUGCUGGAUUCAGGGAUCACGAAGGCGGAGCUGAUGGGAAGCGAGGUGGCCGUCCACGUGGGUCUUGCGAACAACGACUGGAUCCAAAUGCAGAGCUGGGACUUCAAGAAGAUCAGUCCUUACACGGCCACAGGAAUGUCCUUCUCUGUCUCAGCUGGCCGAAUCUCCUACGCUCUAGGGCUGAAGGGGCCAAGUUACAUCGUGGACACGGCAUGCUCUUCUGCAUUGGUUGCCCUGGACUGCUCAGCCACCGCGCUGAGAAAGGGCCGAUGCAUGGCAGCGCUGAACACGGCAGCCAACAUCAUGGCUAGUGCAACCACGUAUAUCAGCUUCAGCAAGCCACGAAUGCUGUCGGCAAAGGGGCGCUGCUUUACCUUCGAUGCGUCAGCUGACGGAUAUGCCCGAGGCGAGGGUGCCGGAGCUGUCGUGCUUCGUAAGCCAGAAGAUGCAAUCUCUGCUGCAGCGACCGUCCAGACACCCUCCGCCAGCUUGGAGCGAUGUGCGCUUUUGGGUGUGGCUGUGAACCAAGAUGGUCGGAGCUCCACACUGACGGCGCCAAAUGGCCCCUCUCAGCACAUGGUCAUGAUGAUUGCGCUGGCAGAGGCACGGCUGGCACCGCAGGAGAUCGUCCACAUGGAGUGUCAUGGCACCGGGACUCCACUGGGUGACCCCAUUGAGAUUGGUGGUAUCAAGUCUGUAAAUGCUUCCCGAAGUGCUGAAACACCAAUCGUCCUUGCAGCGGUGAAGUCCAACUGUGGACACUUGGAAGGACCGGCCGCCUCCACAGGCCUCAUCAAGUCUGUUGUGAUGAUGGAGCACGCAGCCUCCAUGGCUUCGUUGCAUCUUCGCCAGCUGAAUCCUAGCGUGGCAGCCUUGCACGAUCUCCCGGGCAUCUUUGUCACCGAGUCCGUGUGCAUCUCCAAGCUGGCCGGCGAGAUGGCACAAGGCAAGGGCCACGUUUCGCGCUUGGGAGGAGGCCUCUCGUCCUUUGGAUUCGGUGGAACCAAUGCGCAUGGAGUCGUGUCUGCAGCGACGGAGGCAGGUGAAGCUUUCCGCAUGGAGCUGGCCCGCAAGGAGGCCACAGCACCGGCAAGGCCCUUGCCCAUGGCGUUCGAGCGCCGAAACUUCGCGUGGCGAGAGGUGGGCUACCGCUUCUUGCGAGCCAAGCCCAGUGAAGGCAUCUUUGAAGUGGCAAUGCGCAUGGACGUCUACGAGGUGGUGAAGCACCACGUCGUCUUUGGCUCCAUCGUGGUGCCGGGCGUGGUCUUCGUGGAGAUGGCCCUGGAGGCCACGAGGGAGCUCUUUGGCGCCGGAGUGCGCAUCACGGACGUGAACAUGAUGUUCCCCUUCGUCAUCCCGAUUCGAACAACCGGGGCUGAGCCUGCGGCGAUCAUGCGCUUCGUCCUCAAGUCGGACACCCGCUUCCAGAUCGAAAGCACCUCGGCCACAGGCACCGUGACGGUUCACGCCGAGGGCGGCAUCAACCGCGCCCCUGCCAGGGGCGAAGAAGCGGAGGUGGACAACGCGGCCAAAGCCACGCCGGUCGACCUCGAGUCUUUGAAGGCUCGUGUGGUUGAGGUUGUUCCUACGAAAGAUGUCUAUGCUGCCAUUGAUGGUGUGGGCUUGUAUCUGGGUCCAAUGUUCCAAACAGCAAAGCAGCUGUGGCGCAAAGAGCCGGAUGAGGACAGUGAGAGCAAGGUCAUUGAGGUCUUGGGACGUCUGAAGCUGGACGAUGGCGUUCCGAACGUUGGCUAUGUCCUACAUCCGGCAGUCUUCGAUGGUACGAUUCACAGCUUGGGAACGGCGUCUGUUGGUAAGAACGUAAAUGACCUGAAGAUCUUCGGUGGUGUGGGCCGCGUCUCCAUCAUCCAAAGUGAAAACUUCUCUCAACAGGACGAGUACUGGAUCUGGCUGAGCAUCAAGGAGAAGCUCGAGGCUUCAGAAACCUUCGACCUCAAGGUCAUGUCCAGCAACGGCACCGUGCUGAUGCUCAUGGACAACGUGGUCUUCCGCAAGGUGCUGCCCGAGCAGAUCCAGAUGGCGAUCGCCGCGCAGUCAACUCCGGAAGAUGACCAGAAGAUCUACGAGAUCGAAUGGCAGGCAGCGACCGAAGUCGAGGAGAGCGCGGACGCACCUGAAGAGCGCUGGCUUGUCCUCUACCACAAAGCAUCGCAGGGCUGCCUGACAUGCUUCUUGGAUGAGCUGAAGUCUCUUCUCGGCAGCAACCAUUGCUUCGCGAGCCUUGACACCUCCGCAGAGUGGGGCAAGAUGCACGACUACUCCAGGGUGAUCAACAUCGCGGGCAUCGCAGCCUUGCCGAACAACGCAACUGCGGCCGCUGCUGAAGUCUUGGAUGUGCUCGAUCGCACGCUGCGGCUGAUGCAAGCCAUGGCCCAGGCAGCCAAGGAGGACGGUGCUGAUGGCAUGCCGGAGCUCUGGCUUCCGAUUUGCUUGGGCAAUGCCGUUGUAGAUGGCGAUCUAGCUUCGGCAUCGGCAAGGCUUCCCGCAAGCCAUGCAGGAAUCUGGGGCCUUGCAAAGGCCUUCCGCAACGAGCACCCAGAGCUCGCCAGCACGGUGACCUUGGAUUUGGAGGAGGCGGAUUGCUCGGCCUCGGGCCUGGCCGCGCAGUUGCAAUACCUCUCAAAGCAGCGGGCCGCUGGCCUCGCCGAGCCGGAGCUCGCGGCACGGAGGGACGCGAAGCUCCUGGUGCCAAGGCUUGUGGACUCGACCCAGAGGCUGCAGAACGAGGUUGGGAAUCCGAGCUUCGGGUCCGAUGGGAUGUACAUGGUCACAGGUGGAACCGGAGCCCUUGGCCUGCUCUUUGUCGACUGGAUGGUCCGCUGCGGGGCGCGGCACUUCGCUUUGCUGUCCCGAAGCGGCCAACCGCCCGCGGACUCCAAAGCCGCCUUCCGAAAGCUCGAGAAGCAGAUGGCCAAGAUGAAGGGCGUGACCUUCUCCGCCCGCAAGUGCGACAUCGGCUCCGGUGCCGAUGUCUUGCGCGUGACAACGCAAGUGCUAGACGAGAAGCAUGUGGUCAAGGGCAUUGUGCACGCUGCCGGCACCCUGGCUGAUGGCCUCAUCAAAGAUGGCCAGGACCGCACGACCUUGAAGACAGUGUGCUCGGCCAAGGUGGAUGGUUCCCUCCAGCUUCACAAUGCGGCAGAUCAGCUGGAUCUACCGCUGGAGUUCAUGUGGCUGUUCUCCUCUGUGGCCGCCAUGAUCGGGUCCGUUGCACAGGGUAACUACUGUGCUGCCAACGCUUUCAUGGAUUCCAUGGGUGCACGGCGGCGGGCACGCAACUUGCCGGCCAUCUCCUUGCAGUGGGGCCCCUGGGCAGACGUGGGCAUGGCGGCAAGGGCCGGAACAUCCGAAGGCAGCAUCGCCCGCCUGGAUCCUGAAAGGGGCCUCGAAGCGAUGGCUUUGGUCCUCGGAGCAUCGAGUCUCCUCAAACCCGCAGGUACGCUGGGCAUUGCCCGCAUCAAGUGGAAGUCGCUCCUGGGGCAGAUGCCCAAAGUCCCACCGGUGCUGAGCAAGUUCGGUGGCAGCAGUGGUCCAAAGAAAGCCUCGGCUGCUGCAGCUGGCGCAGUCGUGAGCGCCGAUGACAUCAAGGGUGUGGUUGUCGGCGUCCUUCAGGAUGUGUUGGAAGGGGAGGGUGACCUGGAUCUGUCCACACCUUUGAUGGAGAUGGGUUUGGACUCCUUGGCUGGCGUCGAGUUCCGCAAUCGGCUCCAAGCAUCUUUUGAAGGAUUGCAGCUGUCCUCGACUCUCAUGUUCGACUACCCCACCGUUCCAGAUCUGGUGGACUACAUCUAUGGGCAGGUGGGACCUGCCGAAGAUGACCUUGCAGCAGGUGGGGGUGCCACGCUGGGGGACAUUGGUGCCAUGCUCUCCAUCGCCAGUCAUGCUGGACGUUAUCCAGGCUGCUUCACGAACAAUGUGGAGGAGUACUGGCACAACAUGAGCUUGGGCUUUGACACUACGACAGAGCUUCCGCCAGAGCGAUGGGACAUGGAUGCCUACUACGACGCCGAUGUCGAUGCACCAGGCAAGACAUAUGUGCGGCUGGGUCACUUCAUUCCAGGCAUCGACCAGUUCGAUGGGGACUUCUUUGGAGUCUCUGAGGCGGAGCUGCGAUCCAUGGAUCCCCACCAGUGGCUAUCUUUGGAGAUCAGCUACGAAGCAUUCCAUGCAGCGGGCCUCAACAAGGAGUCGCUGCAGGGCAUGGACUGUGGCGUCUUCGUCGGCUGCUGUAACCUGGGAGGAAACGACGUGGACCCGUACGGGCUGGGUCCGUUCUCCAACAUCGGCUUCGCCUACUCCGGCCUCUCAGGCCGCAUCUCGCAUGUGCUCUCGUUGCGGGGCCCCUGCUUCACCGUGGACACGGCCUGCUCUUCGACGAUCGUCGCUCUGGACUCCAGCUGCCAAGCUGUCAGAAUGGGAAGGUGCCAGAGUGCUGUGGCAACCGGUGCCAACGUCCAGCUGUCUGGCUGCAUCUGGGUGGGUUUCUCGAAGAUGCGUGGUUUGGCCUUCGACGGCCGCUGCAAGACCUUCGACUCGCGGGCAGACGGCUUCGCACGGGGUGAAGGUCUCGGCUCUGCCUUCAUCCGUGGCGGCGAGAAUGCGGAGGUGAGCAACUUGGUUGGCCUCAGUGGAGUUGCAAUCAACCACGACGGACGCGCGGCGACCAUCACCGCGCCCAACGGAACUGCACAGCAGCGUGUGCUGCGGGCGGCGUUGGCGGACCGCGGCACCCAAGGCGAAGAUGUAACCUGCAUCGAAUGCCAUGGCACAGGAACGGCACUGGGCGAUCCCAUUGAGGUGGGAGCGCAGAAGGCUGUUUAUGGAAAGGGUCGUACCGAGUCCCAGCCGCUGAUUCUCGCAGCUACGAAGUCCAACAUCGGCCAUUUGGAAGGCUCGGCAGGCGUGGCCGGCAUCUCCAAGGUGAUCCUGGCCAUCACCAAGGCACAGAUCACGCCGAACCUUCACUUGGAAACCCUGAAUCCAAACAUCGAUUUGGGUGGCUUCAACACGCUGAUGCCCGAUAAGCUCGUGGAGUGGAAGAGCGCCAGCAUACGAUCCGGUGUCUCAUCCUUUGGCUUCUCCGGCACCAACGGCCACGGCCUUAUGGAGGCGAUCCUCACGCAGCCGUCUGAGCCCAAGGUGGUGAAGCCCAUGCGCUUUGCCCGGAAGGUGCUGAAGCCCUGGAGGGAGUGGAUGCAGAAGGUGGUUUAUUUUGAAGAAUGGGUGAAGGCCGACUACAGCAUGAGUUCCCCUCUUGAUGGGAAACUCCUGCUUGUCACGGAUGGCGGCGCGAUGGCGGGUUCCCUGACUUCAGCCAUGCCCAGCAAGCCGGUAGCCGUGACGGAGGUGGGCACGGCAGCUGACAUCGGCGAGAAGAUGAAGGGUGCAGGGACAGCCGCAGCUGUCUUUGCGCGCUGCUUGGAGUCAGGCAGAGCCGAGCCCCUGCCGGGCUCACACCUUGAGGAGCUGGUCGCCUUCUUGCAGGGCGCCAUUCUGGCGGAGCUCCCAAAGUUGUUAGUCGUGGUGACACGUGGUGCAUACGAUGCCAAACGAGAGAACUUCGAUGCGGGCGCCUUGAUCUGGGGCUUGAUCCGCUCGGCGAGAAUGGAGAUGCCUCGUGUUACGAUCAAGACCGUGGAUGUUGCAGUCGAUGCAAGUCCCGCAGAUAUCGGGAAGGCCAUUGCAGCCGAGCUGCAGGGACCAGAUGGAGACGUGGAGGUUGCUUACACGUCUGAGGGAAGAUGCGUUCCUCGCCUGAUGGAAGCCCCUCAGAACGAGGCAGUGGCCAUGCAGCGGCAGGAUGCUAUGAGAGACUCGGACUCGGCUGUGGACGUCAAGAAGGGCGUUCAGAUCGUGACGGGUGGCUUGGGCGGACUCGGAUUGGUGGCUGCAGAGGAGCUAGCAGCACUUGGAGCACCAGGCCUCCUCCUCACGUCCCGCAGCGGCCGGGUUGCCGAGGGUCAGAAGCGUCUGGAAGAGCAGCUUCGAAAGCUGCAGGCCUUGCCGGGCCUGACAGUGCAGCUGAAGAUCUGCAAUGCCGGCGAAGCAGGAGAUGUCGCCAAGCUCGUUAAGGAGGCCAAAGAUGCGGGCGAACCCGUGCAAGGUGUUGUGCAUGCGGCCGGCGUCAUGGAUCGUUGCCCUCUGCCGGACCUUGACACCGCGCAUCUGAACAAGGUGCUGGCUCCAAAGGCCAACGGCGCAUGGCACUUGCACAGCGAGUGCCCGGACAGUAGCCUCUUCGUUCUCUUCAGCUCCGUCUCCGCUAUUGUAGGCCUUGCCGGCUCAGCCUCCUACUCUUCUGCCAAUGCGUACUUGGAUGCCUUGGCCAGCUGGCGCCGUGGCGCUGGCCGCUCUGGCGUUAGCCUUCAGUGGGGCCCGGUGUCUGAGGUGGGCAUUACCGCGGCAGCAGGCAGUGAUAACUUGGAGGCCAUGGCCCUGAAAACGCUGUCGCCAGCGCAAGUGGGCAGCGCCCUGCGCCUCUGCCUCGCGGCCCCCACGCCUCGUGCCGAAGUCAUGUUGGCCAGAGUCGACUGGCCAUCCUUCAUGCGAGAGAUUGGCAUGGAGAUCCCGCAGCUCAUGGAUCUGAAGUCCAAGGAGGAGUCUGCAGGAGCCGGCAAGACGGUUCAAGGUGCUGGAGGCGCUUUGGCGCAGCUGCCGCUGGAGGAACGCCGCGGAGAGGUGCUGAAGUCCAUCAGGGCUGCGGCUUCGGGCAUGGGCUUGGACAUGGACGACAACACGCCUCUCAUGGAGGCUGGGAUCGAUUCCUUGUCUGCUGUUGAAUUCCGGAACAAGGUCUCGAACGAGUUCCGGUCGGUCACUUUGCCAAGCACCCUCAUGUUCGACUACCCCACCCUCACCGCGCUUGCGGAUUACGUUUCCGAGCAGUUGGUGCCGGACACGGCCACAGGGCCGACCCUUGCCAUGCCUCAGCCGGGAGCCCCUGCUUCCAACGAGGCCAUUGCGAUUCUGGGGGGAGCCUGCCAUCUUCCAGGUGACAGCUGGUCAUUGGAUAAGUUUGAUUUCAUGCUCUCCCAGGGCGUGGACUGCAGUGUGGAAAUGCCGCAGAGCAGAUGGGAUGUGGAUGAUUACUACGACCCCGAUGCAACAACUGGCCUCAAGAUGUACGUGAAGCAUGCAGCAUUUAUCGAAGGUGUUGAGCUCUUCGCAGCAGCUGCUUUCAACAUCAACAAGGCCGAAGCAGAGACCAUGGACCCGCAGCAACGGCACCUGCUGGAGGCAGCCUUCGAGGCCUUCACAGCGGCCGGCCUCGGCAAAAGCACCCUCAUGGGCAGCUAUGGGGGCGUCUUUGUGGGCCAGGACAAGUGCGAUUGGAAUCGAAUGAUCACCGGCGACCAAAGCGGUCCCUAUGCAGCCACCGGUGGCUCCUCGUCCAUCAGUGCGAACCGGAUCAGCUAUGUGCUGGGACUGAAGGGUCCGAGUGCAACAAUGGACACGGCGUGUUCGUCGUCGUUGGUUGCAGCAGACACUGCCGCAGUCACUCUUCGACGGAGAAGAUCUGAGUUGGCGGUGGUGUGCGGUGUGAACAUGACUUUGCUUCCGCAGACUUUCGUUGCCUGCUGUCAGGCCCAAAUGCUCUCAAAGAGUGGACGGUGCCGCACCUUUGAUGACACUGCCAGUGGGUAUGCUCGUGGUGAGGGCGUGGGUGCCCAAGCCCUGGAGCGUCUGGGAAGUCAGGUAAGUGCCGGCCCAGAUGCAGGGCUGUUGGCCGAGCUGCAUGGCUCAGCUCUGAACCAAGAUGGACGAAGCUCGAACCUCACGUCGCCCAAUGGCCCAUCUCAACAGGCAGUGGUGUUGGCUGCACUUGGGGAAGCUCAGGUCCAACCGGCUCACCAUGUCUGUGUGGAGACCCACGGUACAGGCACAGCCCUUGGAGACCCCAUCGAAGUCGGAGCUUUGAAGGCGGUUCUGGGGGGCUCACGGCUCCAGACGGUGCAGCUCGGAGCGGCGAAGACCAACGUGGGCCACUUGGAGGGUGGUGCGGGGAUGGUGGGACUUACCAAGCUGGCAUCGAUCCUGUCCCGCAACUGCUUGCCGGCCAAUCUGCACCUCCGCGUCAUGAACUCCCACAUCUACGAUGACAUGCAAGACUUCCCUGUGAACUUUGUUUCUGACGCAUGCCCCAGUCAAGCGAUAGCAGCUGCCUCCGUUUCCUCCUUCGGUUUCGGCGGCACCAAUGGACACGUGCUGCUGGCCCGGCCGGCGACGAGGUCGAAUGCAGGACUGGCAGCGGUGAAGCGCUCCGCAGCGGACCUGGAGCGUCAGGCCUACCCCUGGCGGGAAGCCAGCCAUCCCCUGCUGAAGCGACGAACCACGAGAGCAGAUGGAGCAACCGUGUUCAGCUGCUCCUUCGGCGGCCAUGUUCUCGCUCUUCUCUCCCACCACAUCGUGCACGGUGAGGUGGUCGUUCCCGGCGCGUGCUAUUUGGAGAUGAUCGUCGCCGGAUGCACGACCUUCGUAGGCAGCGAAGCUUGGUGUGUCGAGAAUCUGGGCUUUGCAAAGCCGUUGGUUCUCCGGCUCCUGCCAGACGGAUCCUUAGAGGAGCCCACAGAGAUGCGCUUGGUGCUGCGGCCGGAUGGACGGCUUGAGGUGGAGAGUGAGAUCGGCAGCGACCCUGAGGACAGCAUCGUCUCGGUACACGUGGAGGCAACACUGGUCAUGAAGUCUGGCGGCUGGGUCAAGACAAACCGACCAGAGCAGGACCCCCGGUGA